GGUACACUUUUUAAAUGAUUAUAUCAACAUAAUACUACAUAAUUAACAUUGUCUGUUGUUCUCCCUGCAGAUCCUGUCAAACUCAUCACCUGUCCUAUAGCUACACCUGAUUUUUAAAACCCAACGGCACUUUUAAGAGCCAACCUCUAUCUCUUUAUUUUCUAUAUCUUACAUCCUCUCUGUUCUCAAUAUCUAUAUUUCUGUCCAUCUCUUCAAUCUUUAUCUAUCUCACAUCUAUUGAUCUUUAUUUUCUACCUGUCUGUCUUUGUCUACCUGUCUUACCCACCUUUGUCAGUCUGUCUGUCUGUCUGUCUGUCUGUCUGUAUCUGACUGCAUUGCAAUGGCCACCAAGCAUAAACUUGAUUCAAAGGAUCCCCACUACAAAGAGGGGAGACGCAUGGCUCUGGAGCUGAAACAUGAACACAUUUUAGCUGAAGCCAAGAGAGCAGCUGAUGAGAGAAAACGUGUACGAGACCCUCCACACACCUCUAAAAGGGACUCUGUAGGAUGUGGUAAGCCGAGGGGAAGGCGAGGAGGACGACGCCAUGCCUCCGCUACAGCCACAUAUCCCACGUUUGAGUGCUCCCUGUCAUCCAGUGUUGAGGUUCCUUUUACUGCAACCUCAACAAAACUAAAUCCUCAAGAGGAAUUUGCCAUUCCUCCAACCACAUGCAUCAUCAAAGGGGAAGAUGGAUAUUGCACCCAUGAGCAAGCUUGCAUUUUGCCAACUGUGAAGAUGCCAGACUGCUCCUGUGGAGGCACAAACUUCACUGUGUUACCAGGCAAACCAGUGAUUUUAAUUACCAUCAAUGGGCGUUUUGACUUGCAUCAGCCACUGUAUGAAUGUCAAACAUGCCAGCAGCAAUGGACCCCUGACUUUAAAGACCUCCUAAGAAGUGGAUAUUGGCCAGCCUCCGUCACCAAUUCCACACUUUAUACACUGGACCUCUUGAGCUCCCUUCAGGAACUCAAGAUCAUAGCUCCAGGAUUCUCCAGACAAGCCUUCGCAAAGCUGCUGGAGCAUCGCACUAAGUGUGGAGGAAGACUCUGA